AUGUCUCUCGACUUCUCCGCCGUCGCCACGCAAUUCGUUGCUCACUACUACUCCACCUUCGACACCGAUCGCAAGAACCUCGCUGGUCUCUACCGCGAAAACUCUAUGCUCACCUUUGAGGGCUCCCAGUCUCUCGGUGCCCAGGCUAUUGCUGAGAAGCUCACUUCUCUCCCCUUCCAAAAGGUCAAGCACGAGUACGGCCCUCCCGACGCCCAGCCCACCGCUAACGGCGGUAUCGUCAUCCUCGUCACCGGCCAACUCAUUGUCGACGACGAGCAGCGCCCUCUUGGCUUCUCCCAGGCCUUCCAGCUCACCCAGGACGCCUCUGGUCAGUGGUUCGUCUUCAACGACAUCUUCAAGCUUGUCCUUCUCUAA